CAUUCUAGAAGAAACCCUGUACUCACUGCCCUCAGUUCUACACUGUUGAUGCACCUAUUCUGGACAUUUUGUAUACAUGGAAUCAUACAGUAUAUGGUUUUCAUAUCUUUUCACUUAAUGUUUCCAAGGUUCAUCCAUGUCCUUUUUAUUGUGGAAUAAUAAAUAGUCCACUGUAUGGAUACACCUACCACAUUUUAUUUAUCCAUCAGUUAAGGGACAUUUGGGUUUUCACUUUUUGGUUAUUUUAAAUCUUGAUAUGAAUAUUUGUGUUCAAAUUUUUGUGUGAGCAUGUUUUUUUCUAGGGUAUAUACUUGGGAAGAAUUGCUGGGGCAUAUGCUAAUUCCACGUUUAACUUUUUGAAGAAUUGCCAACAUUUUCUAUAGCACCUGCACCAGUUUACAUGCCCACAAGCAAUGUGUGAUUUCUCCACGUCCUCCCCAGUGCUGUUAUUGUUGGUCUUUUUAUUCCUAGCCAUCCAGUGCUGUGGGAUCUUGUAGUUUUGGUUUUCCCUAAUGACAUAAGCAUCUUUUCAUGUGCUUAUUUUUUCUCUAUUGAAAAGUACCUCUUGAAAUCUUUUGCCCGUUUUUAAGUGUUUUAUUGUUAAGUUGUAAGUGUUCUUUAUAUAUUCCAGUACCAGCCCUUAUGAUGUGGGGAUAUUUCUUCCAUUCAGAGGGUUGUCUUUUCACUCGUUGGAUUGUUUACAGCACAGUUGUUCAUCUAGAUAUGGUCCAGCUUGUGGUGUCCUAAGAAACAGCUGUCUAACCCAAGGUUGUGUAGAUUUGCUCCUGUUUUCUUCGAGGUGGUGUAUACUUUUACCUUUACGCUUACGUCCGUGGUGCAUUUUUACUGACUUCACACACUGAAGUCAGUGUGUGAUGUGACCCCUUCUCUCGUAAGGACUUUUCUGGAACGCUGCUCUCCAGCCAUCCACCGGCCAGAACUUAGCUACAUGGCUAUACUAUGCCAUCUGUGUGAGGCUGGACAGCGUGUGUUUCAGGCAUCUUGUAUUAAACUUGACCGGUUGGAAGCCUCUCGGCCACAAUCUUAGUCUAAACAAGUCCAUUCUAUAGCUUCGUUUUCCAAAUAAAUUGAUCUGGCGACUUUCACCGCCAGGAUUUAGCAGGGGUGUAGCGCGAACCGCCGCUGGCUGUCCGUCUCUCCCUCUCCCUCUCUCCCUCCCCCCGGGACCUUCCCCGAGGAAAGCGGUCCCCAGGGACUUCCCGGCCGCCCCUCCACCCCACCCCCGCUCCCGCUGCGAAUUUGGGCUCAAGGCACUUCGCCUUUGUGGAAACGAAACAGCACUUCGCGGCUUCCCGCCGCCCCGCGCGCCGCCCGCCCCUCGCCGCGCCGCGCCCACUCGGCCCCGGGGCCGCCCUCUCCGCGGGGCCCGGGGCGCAGGCCGGCCGAUAACGCCGCAGGGCAGCGGCCGCGGGCGGAGCUGCCGCGCGCCAUGGCCUCGUCUCCCGGAGCGCCCCGGGCCCCGGCCGUCCAGGCGCCGCCGCCGCCGCCGCCGCCGCCGCCGGAAGCGCGUACCUCGGAGCGCGGCUCGGACAGCAGAGCUGGUCACCUCUCAUUCUGUACCAAGGUGUGCUAUGGCAUUGGUGGGAUCCCCAACCAGGUGGCCUCCAGCGCCACUGCCUUUUACCUGCAACUCUUCCUGCUUGAUGUGGCACAGAUCCCUGCUGCCCAGGUGUCACUUGUCCUGUUUGGAGGAAAGGUGUCUGGGGCAGCUGCUGACCCUGUGGCUGGGUUCUUCAUCAACAGAAGUAGGAGGACAGGGUCUGGACGACUCAUGCCCUGGUUUGCCCUUAGAGUCACCCUGUCCUGGUGCCCUACCUCGGCUGUGCUUCCACAGGGUGCUGGGCUGUACGCCCUUCAUCACCACGGCCUACUUCCUCCUGUGGUUCCUGCCCCCCUUCACCAGCUUGCGGGGCCUCUGGUACACCACCUUCUACUCCCUGUUCCAGGCCCUUGCCACGUUCUUCCAGGUGCCCUACGCGGCGCUCACCAUGCUCCUGACCCCCUGCCCGAAGGAGCGGGACUCGGCCACCGCGUACCGGAUGACCAUGGAGAUGGCGGGGACGUUGAUGGGGGCCGCCGUCCACGGCCUCAUCGUGUCGGGCGCCCACGGGCCGCACAGGUGCGAGGACGCCGCGCUCCCCGGACCGGUCGCCGUCUCUCCCGACGCGACUCGUCUCUACUCCAUUGCCUCCGCUGUGGUUGCUGUGACCUACCCUGUGUGCAGUAGUUUGCUCUGCCUAGGGGUGAAGGAGCGACCAGACUCCUCCGUCCCAGCCUCAGGCCCAGGCCCGAGCUUCCUGGCUGGGCUGGUGCUCACUGUCCGGCACCCACCUUACCUGAAGCUGGUCAUCUCCUUCCUGUUCAUCUCAGCAGCCAUUCAGGUGGAGCAGAGCUACCUGGUCCUGUUCUGUACACAUGCCUCCCGGCUACAUGACCAUGUCCAGGGCGUGGUGCUAACCAUCCUGGUCUCAGCUGUGCUGAGCACGCCACUGUGGGAGUGGGUUCUACAGCGAUUUGGGAAGAAGACAUCGGCCUUUGGGAUCUGUGUGAUGGUGCCUUUUGCAAUCCUGUUGGCUGCUGUGCCCACAGCACCUGUGGCAUAUGUGGUGGCCUUUGUAUCUGGCAUGAGCAUUUCUGUGUCCUUGCUGCUACCCUGGUCCAUGCUUCCAGAGGUGGUGGAUGACUUCCAGCUGCAGCACCAGCACGGCCCAGGCCUGGAGACCAUCUUCUACUCAUCCUAUGUCUUCUUCUCCAAGCUUUCUGGCGCAGGCGCCCUGGGCAUCUCCACUCUCAGUCUGGAGUUUGCGGGGUAUGAGGCAGGAGCCUGCAAGCAGGCGGAGCAGGUGGUGGUGACCCUCAAGGUCCUCAUCGGCGCCGUGCCCACCUGCAUGAUCCUCACCGGUCUGUGCAUCCUCAUGGUCAGCCCCACUCCAAAGGUGCCCAGCCAGAACUCCCGCCGGCUGAGCCUUCAGAGGCGGACCAGCUACACCCUCGCUUGAAGUCUGAGCUUGCGUGGGCUGGAACAGCAGGAGCCAGCAUCUUCUGGGCUCGACGUUCCUCUUUCUUCUCUGCCCCUUAGCACACUUACUUUGAAGGUUACAUGCGACCCAUCUUUUCCCCUGGGAUAUGGAGUCUUCAGUGACAUCUCCUGAAGGGACCAGCCUGGUCUCCAGUUCCCUCAGCCAUCAUUUCUUGCCUGUUGACCACAGACCAGGUCAGAUAGGCCUGUGCCCCUGACCACCCAGCUCCAGGUAACCUUGACCUGGAAAGCAUCCCAAUAGCAGCUAUUCCUGGAAAAAGGAAGCCUACAACCUGCUCACCCGACAGGACACACAGACCUCUUGUUCCUCCUGACACUCCAGUAGACAUCGGAGAGAGAGGCUGACAGACAUCGCACGAAUGGGCAGAGUGGGGACAGAUGGACAUGCUGGGGAUGUCACGAAGAGAGACACAGACAGAUGCUCUGAGGCCAACAGACCCCAGAGGGAGCACAUGGGGACAGUGGUGGGGUGAGGAGACUGAGCAGGCCGCCAGAGGUGUUUCUCAAGCCUUUCUCUUUUGUUCAGAUAACACUGUUUCUGGAAAUGGACACAGGCCGAUAUGGAGCCAUCAAAGAUCAAUCAUUUUUAUGAACAAAAGUUCUUUUUGUGGAAAUAUUUUUUUGAAAUGGUAUCUUAUAAAAAGCACAGGGACCACAGUUUUCUAAAGGCCAUAUCUUUGAGGAAGAAAGAUCCACUGAGGUUUAUUUUUUCAAAAAAAAAAAAAUUAAAAGGUUUAUCUUCUACUGA